AUGGCCGCGAGGAGUAAGCUACCUGCAGCAGAAGAACACGCACGCAAGACCGGUGAAGACAAUUAUCAAAGUGGUGGCGCUGGCAACAUCAACUUCAACAUCAAAAAUGAGACUACUACAGCAUCGUUUUCUGCAAAUACAGCCAAACCCACUAAUCUGGCAAAAAAGCACAUCGUGUCGUUCGCAGAAGCCUGCAGAAUUUUGUCGGACUUUGUGGCUGGCCGACAGCAGGAACAGCGAAAUCAGGAACAGGUUGAACAAGUAGAACACUGCGGGUCUUCAAAUAAACAGUCAGGUAGUUCCUCCAUUCUUGUGCAAGGACCACGUCGAGAUGAGGAAAUUACCGUCGGAGUUUUCGACGAGCCCGGCUACCUCACCUCGCGCGACUCGGGCUUUUGGCGCUUACAGCACAGCAGGGAGAGCAUGUGGCGGAUAAUAUUACAGCAAAGCCAAAGCAAACGCGAAUUCUCCUCGGGAGAUGGUUUGAUUAUUUCGGGGUCUGAAGACGUUGACAUGGGCGGUAUUUUUGACAUUGGUGGAGCUGGCGCAACAACUGCUGCCGCAGGAGGAGCUUUCGGAGGUCUAAUGAUGCAAGACGUCGAGGAGGCACCAGGGCGGAAAGGUGUUCCAACAGCAGGAAACAAGCAGCUGCAACAGCAAGCGCGGCUACAGCGGGACGAAGUUGUUCUAGGUCAUUCUGAUGAAACAAAUUCUGCUGUUCAGUGGAUCUCCGGCGAACCUCCAGAUGAGUUUUCUUUACCAACUCGGAGCUACGACCCGUACGCCCCGCUUCUCGGUCCGUGUGCAGUGUAUGGGAAAAGGGACUACAAGACACGGACAAUCGACGUGGACCGGAUUUUGCAGCUCGGUGAUUUUUUGCCGCUAGUAAAAACGACCUGCAAGAGGAACCGGCGGACUCCUGGUCCUGCAGCGCGCGUCACUACUGACAAAUCCGUUGAACAAGGAGAACCUGGUGCAAGCUCUACUUCCAAUAUGUUGGUUGCGGAACAACGACCUCCGAGGACGAGCAAGAGAAGAUCUACUUCCUCGUCAACAUUCAUGAAAAAUGGCGCGAAAAUUUUUACGCUGCACUCUGGCUUCCUGCAACACGAUACCAAGGAGGCGGCUUUGCUGUUGCUGUUAUUGCUGCAGUACUUCCACCAGGAAGGUGGCGAUCAACAUGAACAUCUUGCAAAGGGCGCGGAUAAUCACGUGGACGCAGAGGCAGGCGACGAAAUUGUAUGCGGUCAAGAAGAAGAUAUAAUCGGAUUUGGACCGCGAGCUCGGACGGAGGAGAGCAAGAAUAGCAAAACGCGGGAAGGAACACAGAAUUUCGCCUGCCGUUCGAGAAGUCUUCUCAUUGUCGGUCCGCUGCCCCAUCCCAAUCUGAUGGCGCUCGUCGACGUGUGGCUGUUGAAUGUGAAAAAUUGCCUUUCUGACAAAGCAGCAACAAACCGAAUAGAUGUCGAAGUGUCCACAGUAAAUUUCCCAUACACGACGUACCAAUUCUGUUUCUUCUACUGCAUGAAAAAACUUGCCUUCGAACCAAAUAUCACAUGUUGA